AUGGAAAUCGUAAAGAAUGAAGCAUCGCCUGAAGUGAAGGCUAAACCACCGCCGAGGAAAAGGAGGAAGGCUCAGAAGAAGAAGGUGGAAGAUGAUGAAUGUGAGUGAAUCUUAAAAUAAUUAAAAUUUUAUCCAUCUUUCAGAUACCGAAAACAAAAUAUUCGCAAAUAUGAUAAAUCAAAAGUUCCAGCCGAAAAGUGGACGGAAAAAAGACGAAACUCCCAUGUUUGAGGUUGGAUAGAAAGUUUUUCAAUAACUUAGUUGAUUUAUGAUUAUCCAGGUCAGAAAUGGUAGAGCGACGAUAAAGAAUUCGGGGAAUCACGAACAGACCGUCAGCCGGACACUCGAUUAUCACAUGAACAAAUUGUUCCAGGUACAGGAUGACUCAUCUCCUUUCACUUUUCAUUCAAAAUAUUUAUUUCGUUAGUGGGAGGAGCAAUCAGAUGCCGUCGAGUCCGCUUACUCCUGUGCGCUGUGUCACAUUGAUGGAAUGAAAAGGGAAUUGUUCGGACCGUACUACGCAACCCACAAUCCCGUCAAGCACUGGCCCACUUUCCUGACUAAGAAACCAGUAGGUUGAUCAGUGAUAUCAUCAGGAAGACAAUCGAAAGGAGUUGCAGAGUGCGAAGAAACCCGUUAAAAUAGAGGUGUGGUUCCAUGGCUCAUGUGCAUUGUGGGCUCCGAAUGUGCACCUUCACGGAAGUCAGCUCACAAAUCUAGAGCCUCAACUGGACAUCUUCUGGUCUCAGACGUGUGCGGUCUGCCGAAAGAACGGUGCCUCGAUUCCCGUGCAGAACAAAAAAAAUACAUUUGUGCACUACCCUUGCGCCCAAAACAAAGGUGACCCGCAACAUUCGUUAUCAGUACGAAUUGAUAAAAUAUUCCAGGCUACAAACUCGACGAGCACGCUCUUUUAUGCAAUUCCUGA